CAGUAUGUAGGUAGCUACUUUUUAUCCCGUAAUUCCCGCGGGAUCUGUUUCUACGCAGACGAAGUCGCAGGUGGCCUCUAGUUACUCAUAUAUAAGCGGCGGCGUCAGCGUUUCGGCACUUCGCUCCCGUCGUACCUACUCCGUGUCCGGCGCUCCCCCGCGCGUCUCUUCAGGCCCCGACUGGACUCGCGCGAUAGCACAAGCGAGCGAACAGUUCGAAUGAAUUAGUUGUACACGGAUAACGUUAUCUCGCGCUUAGUUGAAUUAUAUUAUUAGUUUUUCAAUGUGAAAGUUUCAAGGUAUACAUAUAUAGAUUUUAGGCUGAGAGUUUAGUAGUAGAAUAUUUGUAUCGUAUGUUUGAGUAAUUUUGAAUAAUCUUAAGUCAAAGCGUACCUACUAGACUAGACUAACACUAUCUUAACCUACUUGCAGGUUUAUGAACAAACACGAUGCCAUUCAAAGUGAUUCAAACUAUGGAACGAGGCUGUCUGCGAUUGACGACUGUCCCAGAGCAGUGGGAAAAAAAUGGUACUUUGUUCUGGCCCAAAACUAACGCGGAAAAACUUAGAAGGCGCGAGAAUUGUUAUCCAGAUCCUACUUGGAGAACUUUUAAUUGUGUUUUGAAAAGAAGCCAUUUACCAACAUUUAAAGACGCAGAAAAUCAAAUAGAUGCAAUGAGUGAUAGGUCCGAUACCGAGACGGAGAAUGAGUAUCGGAACAAUUCGCUAUCUGUAACCACCCAAAGAGAACCGUUGGCUCAUUCUUUUAAUAAAAUGGCGCAGGAGUUGGUAGAGAAUGAUCAAGAAAAUAUUGCUGCUGCUAUGCUAGAAAAGGAAAACAUACCACCGGGUGAAAACUAUGAUGCUGCCGUUAAUAUUGUUCAAACUCUGGAACCAAACUCUUUACCAGAAACAAUUGACCUAGGCUGUGAAAACACAGACAACCAAAGUCAAAACAUUUUGAUAUUAAAUCAAGAUGUACCACUACAGCAAAUUCAAGAGGAUAUACAGGCUCUUAAACAUGAUCUCAAAACAAUUCUUACUAAUCAAAAUGCUUUGUUUGAACUUCAAAACAAAUUACUUUUAAAACAUUCAGAAUUUCAGACCCAAUUCGAGGAAUACAUAAAGCUGUCUUCUAAGCUACCAGCUCAGGAUCGGGAUGAUGGUAUAAAUACCAUAAAAACUUCAAAUGAUUUUGAUGACUUUGAAAGAAACCUGUUAGAUGCAGUAUUUAAAGAAGAUCAUAAAAAAAAAUUACGUGGGUUAUGUAGCAGAGGAUCUGGAAAGGGUACUUCAAAUGCAUACUACCUCAUUGAUCAUUUAUUUGACAGAGAGUUUUUGAAAAGUUGUACAUGGACUGGUUCAUCAAAGAAAGACCCGGUAAAGAUUUGUUUCAAAGCCCGAGAAAGAACAAUUAAUUUUUUCCAUGAUAUUGUGAAGGAAUCAGACGAAACAUUCAGCAAAGCAGAUUGCGAAAAUUUUUUCAAAAUUAUACUCAAAAAUGCUCACCAGCGCUGUGAGAGCAAUAAGAGAGCAUCUUCAGCAAGACAACGUACUAAGGGGAAAAAAACUAAAAAUGAUACUGCUACAACAUCUUCUGUGUGCGCUAUAGAACAGCCAGCUCAAGAAGAUAAUGUUCGUCCUCCACCCGAACCUUUGCUAGAUCAGCCAGUUCCAGCAAUACCUGAAUCCUCAGAACAAAAUCAACUUGAGAAUGUAGAGGUGAUAAACCUGCCCAGUGCUGCUGCUGUGCUGCCGGAAAAUUAA